UGUUGUCAUUGAUUGUUGAUAUGUUGGUUUCUGAAUAAUAAAUAUCCCUCCUUUGCUUCUAUCCCUACUUUUUUGGAUAAUUAUCGACUUCUGAUGUGAAGUGGAAUAUCACUUCCUAGGCAAAGUCCAUCUGACCUGACAAUUUAUUCGUUUGGAAAGUAGGGUCUUCUCUCCAGGUUUAUUUUUAUUUUCCAACUGAAAAUGAGUGAAUUACGUUUUGAUGAUAGAGUCGUUGUUGUAACUGGGGCUGGAGCAGGUUUAGGAAGAGCCUAUGCCCAUCUAUUUGCUUCUAGAGGAGCAAAGGUUGUGGUUAAUGAUCUUGGAGGUGGUAGACAUGGUGAUGGCAGUUCGUCAAAAGCAGCAGAUACUGUUGUUGAAGAAAUAAAAGCUAAGGGUGGUACUGCUGUAGCUGAUUAUAAUUCUGUAGUGGAGGGUGACAAAAUCAUUAAAACAGCCUUAGACAACUUUGGACGUGUUGAUGUCCUUAUUAAUAAUGCAGGAAUACUUCGUGAUAAGAGUUUCACCAGGAUAUCUGAUCAAGACUGGGAUUUGGUUCAUCAAGUGCACCUCAAGGGAAGUUUCAAAACAACCCAAGCCGCCUUUCCUAUUUUCAAAAAGCAGAACUAUGGCAGAAUUAUAAUGACAGCAUCUAAUUCUGGAAUUUACGGUAAUUUUGGGCAGGCAAAUUAUUCCGCUGCUAAAAUGGGUUUGAUUGGUUUGGCAAAUACAAUAGCCAUUGAAGGAAAGAGGAGUAAUAUCCAUUGUAAUGUUAUUAUACCUACUGCUGCCAGCAGACUGACUGAGGAUAUAUUACCCCCUGACAUAUUUGCUGAGUUAAAACCGGAACUCAUAGCACCUGUUGUGGCGUAUCUCUGCCAUGAAAGUUGUGAAGACACAGGUCUGUAUAUAGAUUCAGCUGCUGGUUGGGCAGGAAAAUAUGAGAUCGUUAGAUCAAAGGGGUCACUCUUGAGAAAGAGCAAGAAUGAAGGUGUUUCUGUAGAAAAUGUUAAAAAUGUUUGGGAAAAAAUAAAAAACAUGGAGGGAGCAAGUAGACUGAGCAGCAUAGAAGAAGCCACCGGAUCUUUGUUGACUGCCCUCGAAGAAAUGGAAGGUGGAGCAAGUGAAUCCAAAGAAAACGGCGCUGUUGAAAAUGUCGAUGGAGAUGUUUUCAAGUAUAAUUCCAGGGAUGUCAUCAUUUAUGCCUUGGGAGUUGGUUCUUCAUUGAAAAACGAAGGUGAACUUAAAUAUCUUUAUGAGAAUCAUGAGGAGUUCAUGGCUCUUCCAUCUUUCUUUGUCCUGCCUGCAAUCCAAGCAAUGUUUAUGUCGGACUUUUUGGAAAGGGCAGUACCUGGUCGCACUGUCAACUUGAGCCAAGUUCUGCAUGGUGAGCAGUACAUCGAAAUAGUAGGCGAUUUGCCAACAGAGGGAACUCUUGUUUCUAAGAUCUCAGUUGCUGAGGUUAUGGACAAAGGCUCUGGUGCUGCAGUUGUAGUAAAUGUUGAUUCCUAUACACCAAAAGGCGACUUAGUCUUACGCAACCAAUCAGUUGUUUUUUGUGUUGGUGCUGGAGGAUUUGGGGGUCCCCGUACUGGAACAAAAGCUAUACAAUGUGUGAAAAAGCCAGCUAGAAAUCCUGAUAAGACUGUGAGCCAACAAACUGGAGUGGACCAAGCAGCUUUAUAUAGGUUGAGUGGAGAUCUUAAUCCAUUGCAUAUUGAUCCCAAUAUGGCUAUUAUGAGUGGCUUUAAAACACCAAUUUUACAUGGAUUGGCAACUUUUGGAUAUUCCAUUAGAAUGAUAUUGGCAGUAUAUGCCAAUAAUGAUUGCAAAUUAUUCAAGGCUUGCAAGGCGCGUUUUGUGAAACCAGUAUUACCUGGCCAAACUUUAAAAGUUGAUAUGUGGAGAGAGAGCAACAGAAUCUAUUUCGAAACAUCCAUAGCUGAAACAGAUACAGUUGUAAUAGGAGGAGCAUACCUAGACUUGAAAUCAAUCAAUAUGCAACCUUCAGUUAAUAAACUAUCUUCUGGAUUGCAAAGUGAUGCUAUUUUCGAGUUUAUCAUUGAUCAAGUAAAAGCUGAUCCAGGAAAAGCAAAAUCAGUUGGAGGAGUAUUUCUAUACAAUAUUACCAAAGAUGGGAAACAGGUUAAACAAUGGACCAUGGAUCUGAAGAGUGCCUCGGUUUAUGAAGGAGCUCCUAAAGAUGUAAAAGCUAACACAACUCUCACAAUCUCCGAUGACGAUUUUCUGUUAUUAGCUCAAGGAAAACUCAAUCCACAAGUGGCUUUUAUGAAAGGAAAAUUGAAGAUACAGGGAAACAUCAUGUUGGCCCAAAAAUUGGCACCCAUUCUCAAAGCCAAUUCUAAGCUUUAAAUCAAUAAUUUUAGGUUAUACACAUUUUUAUAAUUUUUUAGACAUUGGUUCAUUUUACUGUUGGUAUUAUUGUUAUGAUUUGUUAGGUAUGUGGUGUGAAGUGAUAAAAUUUUAUAUGUUUGUUUUAAUUAAAAUUAUAGGAGUAAGUUCA